AUGCCCAAACGCCCUCGCACGCCCUCUCCACCCAUUCAGCGUCCCUCACCCCUCGCGCCCCUCGCAACCCGCCUGCGCUACUCGAUCGGGCGAGGAGAACAGGGCGUCUUGACUUUCGAGCCGUACAAGGGCUACCUCCUGCCGCUUUGGAGGUUCAAGACGCCUGAGAUUGCGGAGGAGAGCGCGAGGAGGCUCGAGAGGGAGUUUCAGCGGUUCGAGGAUGAGGGAGACUUUGUGGGAUGCGACAUGGCCAGGAAGUUCAUCCAGAUGGGAAUGACUCGCUCGAUGCGCUACGCGAACCGCGCCGGAGGACGCAAGUACUCGGCCGAAGACGGAUCGCUCCUCCCCAAACCGUCCGACCACCCUGGUGCGAAGGACAAGCUUGCGAGCGCCGCCAUCUUUCGAGAAGUGUGGGAGCGGGUGAAGAGUCGGGAACGGUAUGCGGAUUUGCGGAAGGAGUGGGAGAAGGAGAAGAAGGAGUGGUUGAAGAGCCAUCCGAAGGAGGAGGAGGAGAGCGAGGCGGAGGACGUCAAACGAGAGGAUGGCGAUGAAGUCAAGGAGGAGGAAGACGAAGAGAAGCCGGCGAAGGCGAAGAAGCGGACGAGGAGCGGGGCGAAGAAGGAGGACAAGCUCGCAUCAAAGCGGCGGCGGGUUAAGAAGGAAGAAGACGAAAGUGAUUGA